AAAGCGCUGGGCUGCGCAAUUAGGGGCAGAAACAAAUUGGCCUGUAAUUUUCCAUGCUGCUGCAUAUGAGGCUCUUUGUGCUGAAGACAGUCCUGAGCCAGAAAGUUCAGAGCUGUUUGCUCACACUAAAGGGCCAGGCUAUGAACUGAACAGAAGCAUUCGCAGAAAACGAAGCUGUACCGAUCAUCCCAUCCCCACAGCCUCCUCUGUUUAUAGGCUUUCGGACCACAAGACAUCAGGGUCAGCUUGGCAGAAGGUAAAAGCAGACAUGUCCGGAGGGGGAGCAGUGCAUGGGACUUCCAAGGCACAGGACCAAGGAUGGGCCUGGAUGGUUCUGCUGGCCACUGUGCUGGUUCAGGGGCUAACACUGGGCUUCCCCUCUUGCGUCGGGGUCUUUUUCACUGACCUGCAGCAUGAGUUCCAAGCCACCAACAGCGAGACAUCGUGGUUCCCAUCCAUCAUGACAGCACUGUUACAUGCAGGAGGCCCUCUCUGCAGUGUCCUGGUCGAGCGAUUUGGCUGCAGGCUCACGGUGAUGCUGGGAGGUCUGCUCAGUGGAGUGGGCAUGGUGACCAGCUCUUUCUCUAAGUCCAUCAGCCAGCUCUACAUAACAGCCGGCUUUAUCACGGGCCUGGGAUCAUGUUUCAGCUUCCAAGCAGGAGUGACCGUGCUGGGAUACUACUUUGUGCGUCGGCGGGCCCUGGCCAAUGCUGUAGCAUCUACUGGUGUUUCCAUUGGCCUCACACUGUGGCCCUUGAUUUCCCAGUACUUGCUGGACGAGAUGGGCUGGAGAAACACUUUCCUUAUCUUUGGGGGGGUGCAGUUGAACUGUUGCGUCUGUGGAGCCAUCAUGAGGCCAGUCCAGCACAAAUCUCCUAGCCCUAGACAAGUGCCAGAGGAGACAACAGAGGGGGCACAGCUAUCCAAUGGGGCUGGUCCUCACCCAGCAGAGCCCCCGCAGCAGGGCAGGUUUGCUACUUGCUGCCGGAUACUACAAAAGUACUUGGCCUUUGACGUCUUCUACAAAAACAAGGGUUAUCAGAUUUAUACCAUUGGUGUGACCUGGAUGGUGAUGGGCUUUGUGCUGCCUCUGAUCUACCUGGUUCCUUACGCCACCCAGAAUGGGGUGGAGGAGCGCAAGGCUGCCCUCCUCAUCUCCAUCAUUGGCUUCAUCAACAUUUUCAUGCGCCCCAUGGCUGGGCUACUCUCAGGACUCAACAUCUUUGCUGGGAGGCGCAUCUACCUGUUCAGCCUGGCCGUGCUGCUGAACGGCCUCAGCAACCUCAUCUGCGUCAUCUCAGCUGACUUCACCGUGCUCGUCCUCUACUGCCUCAUCUACAGCGUGUCCAUGAGUGGCAUCGGAGCACUCGUGUUCCAGGUGCUGAUGGAUGUGGUGGAGAUGGACAGGUUCUCAAGUGCCUUGGGGCUCUUCACCAUCCUGGAGAGCAUCACCAUCCUCAUUGGGCCACCACUUAUAGGUCUCCUGGUGGACCUAACUGGCCAAUUCAGUUACGUCUUCUAUGCUUCCAGCUUCUUCAUGGUGUCAGCUGCGCUAUUCAUGGGGCUCAGUUUCUGUGCUCUGGAGAAAAAGAAUAAGCUGAAAGAGGCCCCAAAGGUGACUGCAGACAGUCCCUCCAAAUACCAGUACACCGAAGUGCCAAGCAAGCCGGAGGCAGAGGGGCAGGCCCCUCCUGCUGUCAUGUAUAUCACCAGCAUCUGAACAAACUGGAACCCAAGGAAUUCCAGGGCACGUGCACACAACUUAAGUGGAGGCAGGUAGGAAACAAGUGCCUGCUUUUCACAGUGACCCAUCCUCCUCCUGCCGGGAGCUUCCACUUGCUGGGACUAUGUAUGUCAGCUUCCAGACAGAAGACCCAGAGGAAGGGACUGAACCCUAACACCCCUCGUCAGCCUGCAAGCCAAAGAACAGACAGCACUUUCUUUUUAUGCCUGAUGCGAAUCACGAGGCAAUGACAGAAGUCAUUUGGUGACAUCAUGGGUAAUUGAAUCUAGUUAGCUUCAAGUCUAUGACUUUUUUUUUUUUUUAAAGGCCGAUUUCUUUUUCAAGUACAGCUGUUUUUAAGACCAGAAAAGCUCUAUUAGCACAUCGGCCUCUGCACUACCACAGCUUCCUGACACCAGCGACAUUUAUCAGUCCUGGACGAGUUACACAUUAAGUCACCUUGUCUGAACACACCCUUCUGGCAAGGACCAGAAGUGACACUUAACCACCUCCCACAGAGGGGCUGGGAGAAACACUUUCAUUUCAGGGGAAGAGACGCUUCUGCCAUGUCCCCCAUCUCUGAAUGUGGAAGUUGUUAUACGGGAUGCAGAACUCAGGCAAGUUUCUUCUGUCAAUCACAUCUAGGCCAAGUGGUUUUUCUUACGAGCUAAUGACCAAAAAAUGAGCAUUCUUGAAUUUCAAGGGCAUUUUCAGGGAAACAAAGGUUUCAAACCAAACCCCAGGGAAACAGGGCAGACUCAGAGUGCCUGCAUUUUAUAGCCAGUUACUUCUCAAGUGCUUUCCUCCACACCCUUGCCCAAAAGAGCUGUAGGACAGGAUCUGACAGUUAUGGCCAGCAUAAACAUAUUAAGACACUAAAAGGAGCAGCACUUAGAGAUGGACAUUUCCUUCUCUGGCCUUGUUCAGGACCAGUUCUUUGAAAAAAGUCCUGGACUUGCCAGACACAGGGCCAGUUUCAGCACUGAUGUAACACUCAGAAGGUCAGGGUCUUCUCUGGUAUAAAUGGACCUAAGUCAACCCUAGAUGCUUGGAGUUAAUGACACCCACUUUCUGAUGAAUAAACGAGUCCACACUGAUGUAACCUAGUACUGAGGAGAUAAAAAGAAGUGGAAAAAAGUAUGUGGGGAGGAAUUUCAUUUAACCUCCACUUUACUCCAACCUCCAAUUUGUAGCCUUUCCUGCUACACUGCUCUUCUGUUGUUGUAGCAUGCAUGUUACAUCAGCUUUAGACUCCAUGGACCAAAUUCAGAGGACAGGUAACCUGUGGGUACGAGUUUCUUGCUGCUGAAUGGGUGAGUCCACAUGAGCACCAAGGAAUCUAGAUCAGUCUGAAGUCAUGCUGAAGCAAGCUUUGACUUAGCCAUCUUAGCCUCUUCUCUGGAUUUGGCCUGGGAUAGCAGCCACUGCACUGGCUCUUCCAUGCACUAUAGUCCUGAUGAUGAACUUUGCUUUUAUCCCACUUCAGUUCUGAUUCAAGGGUAGCAGCCCUCUCAAAAAACACUGGAGCUGGAGAUUAGCACGAGAAUCUCCCCACUUUCAAAUGGUUUUAAGACUUGCUCUAGCAGUCCCCAGGAUAAAAGGUGCUAAAGACUUCAAUUCUAGUGACAAAACCAAAGCUGCUAUUUGAGACCAAUGCAAUUAUGGGGUCCCCGCCUGCCAAACCUAGAAACCAAGGAAUUAAACCACUAGAAAGCUGACCCCCUGUGCUUUCUGAGACUAUGAAGGUAUCUGUAACUAACCCUGUUGGGUCAUGAUGUAUUGCUUCCACUGUCAACAAGUGCCUAUUUUAAUAGUGGUCCAGGAUCCCUAGAGCAUAACAUACUUUACACUUCUAGAUCAAACAUCUCCUCAAGUAAGGUUAUUGCCAGAUUUACAUGUAGCCCUUUGCUUCCUAGAAGUGAUGGCAUCUUAUCUCUAGUUGCAUGUUUUCAGCAACUUCCAUAAAGCUCAGAUGGUCAAUAACUGCAAAGCAAUUACUUAGUGUCACUCAGCUGACUGUACACAACUACUGUUUCAUACCAAGGAAAUGUGUGGAUUUUCUUCCUCACUAGAACCAAUCAAUGAGAAAGGACCAAGUCUCAACCCUGUUCUAGCUUCAAUAAAU